AUUUAAAGUAUAUAUAGUUUGAAAAAGGAAAAAAAUGGGAUUAAAGGCAUUUAUGCUUAUUGUUUUGGCUAUUUUUCUUGCAAUAACCUCAAACAUUGCAGCUAGGGCGUUGUCUCAGAGCUCUACCACUUCUCUGGACAAGGGACAUGCAAAUGAGGUAAAUGAUGCCAAAUUUUUAGGAAUCGGAGGACUUCCUGGAAGUAACGUACUUCCAGGAGCUGGAAUUCCGAAAAUUGGAGGGCUUCCAAUACCAAAAAUUCCGGAAAUCGGUGGUCUGUCAAGUCAAGGAUUAGUAGAAGGAUUUGGUGGUGCAGGACAUGCAAAUGUAGUAAAUGAUGCCAAAUUUCCAGGAGAAGGUUAUGAUGGAUAUUAUCCUGGUUAUGGUUAUUGGGGAGGAUAUCCUAGACGUGGUUGGUAUGGAGGAUUACCUCGCAACUAAUUAAAUUAAGGUUAAUUAUGCACUAAGUGUGUGUGUUAGAGUAUAUAUAUAUAUAUAUAUAUAUAUCAUAAAUCCACAUUCAGUUACUUUGGAUGGAUGGUCAUCAUCUCUUGUUUUGUUGAAUAAAAGUACUAGGUGUCUCACUUAAUUUAUAUACAUUUACAUGUUAUUGACAUGCAAAUACUUUAAGUGAAAUCCUAGAGAAGUUAGUGCAUUUACUUUGUAUUUGUCAUCCCAGUUUCGCUUUACUUAACACUAGAUUAUUGUAGAAGUUUAG